GCAGAGACCUUUCCUUCUCCCAUCCCCACUCGCUCUGCCCUUCGCUUCACUCCCACUGCUCCCCCCCUCGCUCGCUCGCUCACGGGCGCGCCCACCACGCCACCGCCGAGGAAGGAAGGACGCCGUGCGCUCGCGCCAGAUCUGGCAGGGCGGCGAGCCCUCCCUGCAAUGCGGCGGGCGGCGGGGUGACGCGCGGGGCCGGAUCGAGCGAUGCACCGGGUGGCCAUGGCGGAGGGCGGCGGCGGGGGCGGGGGGAGGACGCUGGGGGCCGUCAUCAGGGAGAAGGACGAGGAGCUGGCGCUCUUCCUCGAGAUGCGCCGCCGCGACAAGGAGCGGGCCGCCGCGGACACGCUGCUGCUCGCCGGCGACGCGGACGACGGGCUGCUGCUGCUCGACCCUCCCCCGCCCCCGCCGCCUCCGGUACCGGUGCCUGCCGGUAAGGCCGACGAGCUCCGCCGCACGCUUCCUAUCCAGACCAUUCCUCUAGCUAUUGCCUAUCGCCGCCGUUUUUUCCCCCCAUUUGGCGAAAACCCUAGCUCACCCCCGGUAUUACGGGUUUAUGGCUUGGUGACAGAGCCCAGGGCGGCGCCGGCGCCGGCGUACAGGAUGGCCGGCGGGUUCAGGCGGGCGCCCGGCGGGGCCGACGACUUCCUCCACUCCGACGCCGGGGACAAGACCGACUACGACUGGCUUCUCACUCCACCUGGAACUCCACUCUUCCCAUCUCAUGAAGCUGCGCCAAAAAGGUCUCCGGUGAGCCAAACAGGAUCACCAAAGACUCGCCAGAACUCCUUGAAAUCAAGGUUGGCCAAUCAUCUAGAUCCUCCAUCAAGAACCACACAUCCGUUGAGAACAACAUCGUCAAACAGCUUGAACUCAGCUGCGACAACUCGGCGGCCAACAUCAUCUGGAGGGCUUACGUCUAAUUCUUCGAGACCUUCAACACCAACUGGACGUGCUGCAUCGACCACCGCGUCCAAAGGUUCAAGACCUUCAUCCCCCAAUGCUCGGGCAACUCUGCCUGCCAAGACUGGACCUACUGCCCCAAGAUCUUCGACGCCCACUUCCAGGUCAACACUUCCUUCAACAAGGUCAGCACUGCCUUCAACAAGGUCAACACUGCCUUCAACAAGGUCAGCAGUGCCUUCAUCAAGGUCAACAACUCCAUCACGGACAUCUGGCCCUGCUACUGCCACUGCUACUGCUACCAGGACAUCAGUUCCUUCAGGCAGAGCAUCAGCACCUGCUAGUAGAUCAUCAACGCCUACUUCAAGAUCAUCAAUGCCUGCUGCUAGGUCAACUACACCUUUGUCAAGGCCCUCCUUACCAGCACAAAGCAAGCCUGCAUCAAGGUCAUCAACCCCAACAAGGCGGUCUUCUGCCCCACCCACCCACACCCAGCACAGUAAUUUGCCCGGACCAGUUCGAUCCUCCUCAAUCUCCAGACCAGGACCUACAAUGUCCAAAAGCUCUGCAUCGGCAGCGACAACAACAGCGCCAGCACCUUCAAGGGGCAGCUCACCUACAGUCAAAUCAAGACCAUGGAAACCAUCUGAAAUGCCCGGCUUCUCGCUUGAUGCACCUCCAAAUCUGAGGACUUCGCUGCCGGAAAGACCAACCUCUGCUACUCGUGGUAGACCUGGAGCACCUAGUUCUAGAUCUUCCUCUGUGGAGCCUGGGCCAGCUGCUCGACCGAAACGCCAGUCUUGCUCUCCUUCAAGAGGGAGGACUUCAAAUGGCAGUGUGCCUUCAGGGAGUUCCAUGCCGGCAGUGAGAAGAUCACAUCUUAACGGAGGUGACAGUGUGAACCCAGUUCAAAUGGGCAAUAAGAUGGUUGAGAGGGUAGUGAACAUGAGAAGGCUAGUUCCUCCAAAACAUGAUGAUCAAAGGUCCAGCCUCAAUAGUCUCUCCGGAAAAUCAUUAAAUUCUCCAGAUAGCUCUGGCUUCGGUCGGUCACUCUCAAAAAAGUCACUGGACAUGGCACUUCGGCACAUGGACAUACGGCGCAGCAUUCCAAACAAUCUACGGCCUCUUAUGACGAGCAUUCCAGCAUCAUCUGUGCAUAGCGGCCGGUCUGGCUCCACAAGGGGCAGACCGAUAAGUGUCUCGGACUCCCCUCUCGCGACUAGCAGCAAUGCCAGCUCUGAGCCGAGCGUCAACAACAACCUGAUGUGCUUUGACAGCAUCGACAUUGACGAGGAGCUGUGCAGCGAUAGAGCAGGACACUAUGCACGAUGAUUUGCCUCUUUGCUAGUACAAAGUUCUGAAUCUGAUGAAUUUUCACGACCGCAAAAUGUUAAGAGCGGCAGCAUGGAAGAUCAUCUCUGAUGAGCUCUAUUCUCAUAUGUAGGUUCUUUGAGUGUCCAGUGCUCAUCCAUUUAUGCUAUGUGGGUUGCUCCAUAUCCAAUGUUAAUCCAUUUAUGUUAUCGAUAAGGAUCCAUCUUUUAUAUGCUCUUUCUUCAACCAGUUCAUUAUGCUGGUAGCGAAGCAUGCCCCACUGGCUGAACUGUGUUGACUUUUGUUGUAUUGCGAUGUAAAUUCAGUAGCUGUUUAUUUGAAGUAGUAUAUGAUUUUGGAGUUGCUAGUUAUGGUAGCUCAUCUUA